AUGGAUGGUAAUAGGACUUAUGCCAAGAAGCAUAGAUUACCCUUGAAGGAGGGCCACUUUGCUGGUGCAAAUGCUUUAGUCAAGGUUCUCGAAUGUUGUUACAAAGUUGGUAUCGAACAGGUUACAAUCUAUGCGUUCUCCUUGGAAAACUUCAACAGAACUAAAGAAGAAGUAGACACUCUAUUUGGCUUGCUUCGUGAUAAAUUGAAGAUGAUUUCUGAUUAUGAGGAUUCAUAUGCUCGAUACAACAAGGUUAGGAUUAGAGUCAUUGGUAAUAGAGGUUUCAUUCCACCAGAUAUCUUGAAAGAUUUAGAAUACAUUGAAGAAGUUACCAAAAACAAGUCGUCCAAAAAAAUUCUCAAUGUGUGCUUUCCUUAUACUGCCAGGGAUGAGAUUACUCAUGCUGUUAGAUCAGUUGCCAAGAAGAGGAUCGAAGGUAAGAUUACCAGUCGUGAUGUAAUCGACGCCAAAGUUAUUGAAUCCAAUUUUUAUUUUGGUGAUGAUGUACCACCUUUGGACAUUUUGAUUCGUACUAGUGGUCAUACCAGAUUGAGUGAUUUCUUGUUGUGGCAAUGCAACACUAAUUGCACUAUUGAAUUCCCCGAUGUUUUGUGGCCUGAUUUUGGUUUCAUUAGCAUCAUGUCAAUCUUGUUCAAAUGGAGUUACUACAAAACUUUACAAUUGGAAGAGGAGGCAAUUAGAGGUAAAGAACCACAAGUGCAGGAUACAAUCUCAACUGUGUUGUUGAAGGAGUUGCCACAACCCCCACCAGUUGCAACCGUCACUCAGAAUUAA